UCAGUCAACUUCUUUUAUCGAUAUUUCUUUAAAUUCACACUGUCAAUGACACAUUACUACUGUAACGCAUCACUCUCCUGGUUUUAUUAUUCAUGCUUUCUGUUGACGGUCCGUCACUCUUCUGGUUGGUCUUAAUUAAUGUUUUCUCUGAUUGGAUUGACAUUGACAGCUCAGGCGAGAGGUGGGGUCGUAACUUAUUUAGUCGGUACUGCAUCCAUUUUUCGAGGACUUGUUCCCGUGUUGCAGGUAGAAGCACACGUAAAAGGCCAGUUUUUUUUUAUUUCCGAAGUUUGUGAAGCAGGAAGUGGCCUAUAGAUAUAGAAUAUGGUUUAUAAUUUAUAGUCCUUAAUCUUGUUCCUUUAGGGAACUGUUUAUUUCAUAAUUCUGGUGCAGGAUGCCCAAGAUUUUGAUGGAUAGAUAAUGAAACUAGCAAGGGUUUUACUUUUCCGUUUUCCUCUUUAUUCUUCUUCAAUUGUUGAUGGCUGCAGGAUUUUGAUUUCCCCGAGAAAUUGCUGUAAGCUGUGGAGCUGGAACCAGAGUUAGAGCUAGUAUUAGAGAUUCCCAGUCCAGAUAGCUAAGCUACAAAUAGCAUACAUUCACAGCUUCGAUUUUGAAGGCCAGCCGUUCAUUUCUUGGAGGAAUAUACAGGCCAGUCUAUUCCAUUUAUUUAAAUAUUACUAACCAUAAAUUUGUCUCACUUAUUUACAUUUUUAUUAAUAUAUCUUUAAAAUCAAUUUAUUGCUACAAAUAUUUAAUCAACAUCAUAAUUUAAUAUGUCAAUUUCUUAUCUAUAAUUUUAGUUAUUUUUUGUUCAGUAUUUUUCAGUACCUUUUUUGGUAGUUAAGUAGAUAUAACUCGGUUAAGGCUGAUAUGCCUUAGGUAAAAAGGUUCAUGAACUUUCCCCUGCGUAAUACAAAUAUAUACUAAAAACUUUAAUAAUUGCAAUUUAUUUUUCAAGUGCUGAAAUCUACCUAGUAGACAAAAUCAUAAUUUAAAUGUUACUUUUGUUAAACUUAUUUUAAUCACAUCAACAUUAUUCAUAUUUUAAUUCAUAAUAAAUUAUUAACAUUUAACAGAUUAGAAAAUGAGGUGUAUACAUAUCUUUGAUGUAAAUAUAAUUUGGUUGUAUUGUUAAGAUAUAUUUUUUUUUUGCCUCUUUAAAUCUACUUUAUCCAGGGUCGUUUAAUUGUUAAUUGAAACCUAUAUACCGUUAUAGAAGUGUUUUUCUUAGUUUUCUUUCAUUUAUAAAAAAAAACUAAGUGGCGCCCUCUUAUUUAAUAGUUAUAAUCAAGAUUAUAUUCUUUAAUAGCCAGUCAUAAGUGAACCUUCGAACAAUCCCAAGCCUCCAAUAAUUCUGAGCUACCGUCUGCAAACUCUUGGCAAAAUAGUAACACUGUAAAGUUAACGCCGCAGCAGGUGCCAACGUCCCUAGAUUCUCAUUACAUCCCAGGCAGCACUAAAAUCUUCUGAUAAUAUAAAUAAAUUUCGUCUUUAAGGUAUAUUUAUGUACACAUAAUGCAAAAAUACUUACAUAUACAAUUACAUCGUAUAUAGUAGAAGAGUGCAAAGUUUAUAAUUUGUUUGUAACAGCUCGAAACAGUUCCACUGAGCCUUUCCCCACUCAAGUUCGUAUGUUCCGUAAGCAUGAUGUUGUACUUCUUGCGGGCCCUCUUUUAGCCAAUAGCUUUCCUUAUAUUAUAAUUUGCAGUAGGGAAUAUUAAUCUUUAUUUCUCAUAAAAUACCCCAGGUAUCCUAGUUUUCUUUUUUUAAUGAAGUACAUGACUUCUAGAUAAGUUUUAAUUCUUCUGAGUACUUCUAUGUUUGUAAUGUGAGCUCUCUCUAAUAUUCUGAGCACUUUCCUACUCAGAGUAAAAAAAUAAAACUCAGUAAAAUCUCAAAUGUUCCAUAUUUUUAAAGGUGGCUUCUGCGAUUGUCCGGGAUUCUACGCCAUACAAUAAAAUAGAAAAGACAUAACAUCUUAAGUGUCUUAGUUUCAUUUCAAGAGAUAUGUUGUGACUUUUGAAAUAGCACUCAUUUUGUAAAAUACCCUCUUUGCUUUUCCCCUAGGACAUUUUAUCUCUUGUGCACUAUCCCAUUAAUUACUUAUUUAUGAUGGUUCCAAGGUAGCAAAAUUAUUGAACACGUUCAAUGCGAGUUCCAUUGACAUAUAGGAUAUAUAUAUUUUUAUUGAUGAUCAUCUGUUUCGCUUUUUUUACGCUGAUAUUAAGACGAUGCUAUUGACUGAAGUUCGCGAUAUGGUCCGUUAAUCUUUUCAAAGCCAUUUUCAUUUUCAUUAACCGUUCAAGGUAUCUGCAUCACCAUGGUAUUAUUGGAGUAUCGGCUUUUUUUAUUGACUUCAUUGACAUUUUUUACAGAAUAAUUUAAAUAACAAAGGUGAAAGAACAUAUCCAUGUCUGGCCCCACCUUAUAUUUUCAGCGGUUUUGUUCGAUCUCCAUCAAGUUUUAAGCAUGUUGUCUAAUUCCAGUAAAGAUUUGAAAUCAAUCUGAUAUCUUCAUCGUUCAAGCCCGUCUCUUCCAGGAUAUUAAUUAAUUUAUGAUGUUGAAUGCAAUGAUAUUUCCAGAGUUAUUCUGUUAAAGUUGUCACUAAUAUAUAAUAAUUGUGUUAACUUAUAUUAUUAUAAACAAAAGUUGUUUAAAAAAAGUUCUGUAUUGCGGCAUUGUUAAAUAUAUAUUUUUUGCCUCCUAAAGAGCGAUUAUGCAUAGCCUCCCUAAAAAUGAAAUUCUCAAACAAAUGUAUUAGUUGCUGGCAUAUAUUCAAUUUUCUAGAAAAUAUUAUAUUUUAUCCCUAGCCACUUGGAACCUUGUCACAUUAACUCCGGCAGGACUGCUUAUUUUCUGUUGAAUAAACCUUUUGGUUAUUGAACUUUCUGCUUAGGUUUCAUUACUACUACAGAUACCGGCUUCUGAAUCUUAACCUUGUGCAAAUGUCUCUCACUCGGUAUAUUGUAUAUCUUUUUAUUUUAUCCAUUGUAUUUAUUUAACCCAUUCAUAUCCUUAUUGAAAAGUGUUUCGCCUUUUUUCCUAUAGUGACUGCAUAAGCAUUUUUAAUAAAAAUAUUUCCACAAAGUUAUGUUUUCACACAGUAAAAAACUCUUAUAUUAUAAGUUAUUCCGCAUUUUUUUCUCUGGAAACAACUUGAAUAGUAAAACUGCACCAAUUUCAUUUGCAGUUUACGAUUUACAUUUAAGCAGAAGCCUUUUUUUUACACAGCAUUUAAAAAAAUAGGCCAAGAGGUUUAACAUCAACAAUCGCCCGCCAUCUUUUCUUCACUUCUGGAAUGACUGAAUUUUCUACUCUAAAGGAGUGCAUAGCCAUUUGACUAAUUCGUAAUAAUAAUUGGAAAAAAAUCAUACAGCGCCAAAAAUGAUGUUAGUAGAAAACACGAUAAAAAAAUCUAUUUUAAUUAGACAUGCAGUGAUAAUAUUCUCAGUUUAAGCUCAUUCUCGUAAAUACUUAAAAAUAUUAAAAGGCCAGCUCAUCUAACCCAACAAUUAUAGACCAUUAAAUAUUGAAGAACCAUGUGAACCGCCAGCCCUUUCAUGCGCUGCUUAAUUUAUAUAAUAGUUUGUAUUGCAAAAAAACGACGAAAAUUAUAAAUAUUUUACGAGAAUCGAUAGCAACUUUCAUUUAAGGAUUGGUCGGGGUGCAUAUUCAAUUAUUUAGGAAACCUAGCUAAAAUUUCCCAUAUUUUUAGAAGCAAUACUACGGUUGCUGUAAUAGUUUUCGCUAACUUGAUAUCCCGUUGUGCUAAAAUGGAAUUGCAUGUAAUUUUUUGGGUUUUGUUAAGUUUUGUUAGAGCUAAAACAAGUAAUAAGUUGGAUGACGAUAUAUCAGCUCCACCGAUGAUUUAUGAAUGUAAUGAUCCAUCGUUUAACGGAAAAAUGAUUCGAAGCCAUGGAAAUUUAUCUUUAAAAUUUGAAUGCUCUCAGGGUUAUAAAUUAUAUGGAAAGAAAUAUGCACAUUGCGUUCAAGGCAACUGGGACCAUAUUCCCAAAUGUGUCAUUCCUAAUCAUUGUUCUGUAGGCACUCUAUAUAAAAAGUCCAAUAUUAAACUUACCUUUAACGGUGGUAUUUUGAAAUUUUCAUGCAAGUCUGGUUACAAACUUCGAGGAGAGCCUAUCCUUGGGUGCCUAAUCGAUGGAUGGGAUAGCCCCUAUCCAAAAUGUGUUUUAGAAAAUACUACUCUUACUAAAGACUACCCUACCGAUUCAAUAAAUGAAGAUGCUAUAACUGAAAAACCUUAUCUACAUGAUGGAUUAAAUGAAAGGACAACCCUAGCUUUACCAUCAAAUACUAUACACCCUUAUGAAGAUAAAAUAGCCAAAGAAGUUACUGAUAUAAGAGUUGAGGAAGAUUUUGUGACCGAUGUUGCUAUAACAGCAAAACCCAAUAUCGAUGAAGUGACAAUGGAUCUACUAGGUUUUAAUAGACUUACUGUGCUACCAAUCUCUAAAGAUGAAGUCGGAGCUGAUGGUACAGUAAUCUACGUAGAUAAUAAUCUAGUGGUUAACGAAGUUUUAACUGCAAACCCUAUAACUGAUAUAAUUGGAACAUCAAUGGCAACCGAAACUGGAAAUAAACCUGUUAUUUCUAUUGAUGAUUCUACUGAAGCUUUAUUAACCCAGGUUAUUGUACCAACAAACUCUUAUUUAAAUGAAGUAAUUCAUCAAGAGACAACAGAAGACUUAUCAACUAGUUCACAUAUCUAUGAAGAUAAAAAAGGAAACGAUAGUUCUACUAAUGGUUACACUGUAGAAUCAUUAACAGAAGCUGUUGUACGAAAUACUGCACAACACCAUUUAAAUGAUGUAAUCAAUGAAGCAACGACAACAAAUGUAGCUAAUACUAUGGCAACUUAUAGAGGAGAAGAGACAGCUAAAGAUGCUAUUACUAAUGAUGCUUACUUUGAAAAUUCAACAGAAGACGAUGUAACUUUGAAGCUUUAUGUAAAUGAUAUGACCAACGAAGCGACCUCUAAAGAUUUAGUAGUUAAUCCUGCGCCAACUUUUGAGGACGAAGACAUCAAAGUAAUUUUAACAACAGGAAACUACAGGGAUUAUCCAAGAUUUAAUGCUAGCAAAGUUUACCUUCAUCAUAAUAUUAGUCAAGUAGUAACGGCAAUAAGCAAUUCCGAUGUAAAUAUAACUGCUAAAGUGGAUUAUAUAAUCAAAGCUUCUUUAGAUAACAACUUAAUGAUACAGGAUGGUACAACCAGAGCUAUUAUAAUAGAGAAUAUAUUGGAAGAAGUAACUACGCAAAACGAUAUGGAUGAUCCUGUGUUAGAAAAAGCUUCCACCACUACUGAAGUUUAUAUAGAAGAUAAGACUAUAGAUGAGAGCGCCCAAGACAGCUCUACUAUAGGAGAACAUUCGGAGGAUGUCAUUACACAAGAGAUUCUGGACAAUCGAAUGUUAGAUAAAGUCGUCACCACUACCAAAGUCUUUCUAGAAGUGAAAACCCAAGAAACAAUGACACAAAUGAAAUUAGAUGAUUUAGACGAUAAUAUUGUUCGUGCAGUCAAUGUCAGUAUGAAUGAUUAUUUAAAUGAGAAUACGAUCGUCCAAGCUGUCGAAACGGAAAUGCACUUUACAGAUGGUACUACAAAGGCUUCUAAUGUGAAAGAUGUAAUAAAUCAAGAAAGGUGCUUAAAAGCCAAAUAA